UAAGGUGACGAAACCAAAAGCAGCCAAGUGGCUGUAGAAAUUGGCAGAAUGAUUUGCAUGCGUUCUCCCGAUGAACUUGACAGUUUUAUAACAAUGCGAUCGGUGCAGAGCUAUGUCCAAUUCGACUCUAAUGGCCCGGUUUAUUCCAAGGAACUACGGACCCGCAUUGGAAAAUCUUCGGUGGGCAAAUGUGAGGACACCUGAUGAAGGGUUCUGUGCGUGCAAUCAAGCCGCGGGAAAUUGGGCUAAAAAAAAAUCCCCCGCCUGGUUGAAGUCUACAUACGUGCAGCAGAGAUUACAGGACGGACGGUUUGGCUCUAUCCAUUUACAUGAAUAAUGGGAAAUGACAGUCCAAAAGAGUUUGGAAAAACAAACCACGUGUAUUACAGGGUGACCCUUGACCCGUAGUGGGCAUCCUAUCCCUGGGAGAGAGUCCGUCCAGCAGAAGCGGGAGAGCCAACCCUGUCUGGGGAUGGAGAGGUACCUUGGAGGCAGUUCCACGGGUCCCAAUGUCACCAACAGCACAGGAGCCCCAGACAGCUCUUUCCCGGGGGUGGUGUUCACGGACAGGACGGUGGUGCUGGCGGUACUCCUGGGGCUUCUUACCCUCCUCACUGCGCUGGUCAACGGUGCUGUCAUCACAGCCAUCUGCACAACCAGGAAGCUCCACCUGCCAGCCAACUACCUGAUCUGCUCCCUGGCGCUCACCGACUUCCUCGUGGCCCUCCUGGUCAUGCCGGUCAGCAUCCUCUACAUCGUCACGGAGACCUGGUCGUUGGGCCAGGUGGUGUGCGAGGCCUGGCUGAGUGUGGACAUGACGUUCUGCACCUGCUCCAUCCUGCACCUAUGCGUCAUAGCGCUGGACCGCUACUGGGCCAUCACCAAAGCCAUCGAGUACGCCCGCAAGAGGUCGGGCCGCCGGGCCGCCGUCAUGGUGGGCGUCGUCUGGAUCAUCUCGGUCUUCAUAUCCAUCCCGCCUCUUUUCUGGAGGCACCGGCCCGGGAGCCAGGGCCCGAAACAGUGCAUCAUAGAGCACGACCACGUGGGCUACACCGUCUACUCCACGUUCGGAGCGUUUUACGUACCCAUGACACUCAUCCUCGUCCUGUACUAUAGGAUUUACAGCGCGGCCAAGACGCUCUAUCAGAAGCGGGGCUCGUCGAGGCAUCUGAGCAGUCGGAGUGCCGAAAGCCAGAACUCUUUUAAACACUGCCGUGUGGCGCACACCUUCUGUGUGUCGGACCUCUCCACCUCAGACCCCACUCUGGAGUUUGACAGGAUCAACGUGAACAUCCGCAUCCCUUCCUUUGAGACGGAGAUGGAGGCGGCCGACGAGAGGAACCAGAUUUGCACCUCCCGGGAGAGGAAGGCGGCACGUAUCCUCGGUCUAAUCCUGGGGGCUUUUAUCCUCUGCUGGCUGCCAUUUUUUUUAAAGGAGCUCCUUGUGGGCUUACAGCUCAUAACUGCCUCGCCACAAGUGUCAGACUUUCUAACCUGGCUUGGCUACGUCAACUCACUCAUUAACCCUCUGCUCUACACCAGCUUCAAUGACGAUUUCAAGUUGGCCUUUAAGAAACUGCUCAGACGAAAGCAGCGUCCGUAGGCCCUCCAUAGGCUCGUAUGGAACAUACAGCAUUGCCCCAUUGAGGUUGACAUUUGCAUUGAUGUCAGUUAUCAGAUGCUCUUAUCCAGACUGACUUAAGGUAGUGAAUGCAUUAAUUUACUCACUUUUUCUGUUCUGGACCUACGUGGGAAUCUAACCCACAGCCCUGGCAUUGCAAGCGCCAAGCUCAUACCAAGGGAGCUACACAGAACCCCAUCAGAGAAUGUAUGAAGGAAGAUUCAGUGCAGUGUGUCAAUUGGAUAUA